UCGAGCGGCCCGGUGUGGAUGGCUGGAGAUGUUCGGUCCGGUCCGGUCCGGUCGGGAUGGGCCGCUCUGCUCUUUGCUCCAUGCGGAUGUGACAUUUCGGAGAAGAGCGUGGCCGCCAUUUUGAGAGAAGCUCGACUCACAGAUCGGGAGGAGCGGGCUGACGAGCUCUCGACUACACGUUGCAUGACCGGCCGCAUUCUCCACAAGAGCUUAUUAGCCAGAAAUGCGACGAGACGUCCCGGUUGAGUGAGUUGUUUUCUGGCGGGCCGGGGAAACUGUCGUUUCCGCGAUAGCGCCGUUCCGGAUUGGAAAGUGGUUUGAAUGGAUAGCUUCUUCCUCCGCUCUCCCCCAGACGAGGGACAAUCGGCGGAGCACACGGACUGGAGAUAUCGCAGGCAAAGUUUUUGAACGCGCGUCUGUAGCAAAUGAGCCUUUGCUUUUUUCGUCGUUGUUGUACCUGUGUCAAAAUCUGGCUGCCUAGCGUCAGGUAGCUCACCUGCUAGCUCCGAACAGACUGUUUGUUCCUCCAGGUGCAGCCCGUCCUGUGCGUUGUCGUACUGCCCCACAUUUCCCGGGGUAAAGCCGUAUUGACUUUAGCUCAUUUCAACGGGCCUCCCCACACCAGCCAGCCAGCCAGCCCACCUCGCUUGUGAAACAGCGACUCGCACCCACCAAAGGCGCCGAAAUUGGGCGAAUAGCGAGCAAAUACGUCCGCGUUUCUCUACCCGCUCCCCAGCCGACCUCCCCUUCUCACUCCCCGGCGCUGACAGCGGACAAGGCCGAGGUCGCGACAGAGCAGGCCCGCCCGCCGAGGCUCGACCUGUCCACACCACCUCCGCAUCCUACCACACCUUAUCAACAGUCCAGAACCCGGCGGCAGCCCAGCGAGCCCACCCUGGACAAGGUUGAGGGGAACAGAGAUAGCAGGGAGCACCGCAUCACCAUCACCACAACAACAGCUGCCAACAUGAACCACCAUCACCACCACACGCAGCAGCAGAAAGCCGGCGAGCAGCAGCUCAGCGAGCCCGAGGAUAUGGAGAUGGAGGCCGGGGACCCAGAUGAUCCCCCGAGAAUCCCAGCCAACCCAGUCAUCAAUGGUAAUGUGGCCAUGGCAGACGGACACAACAACACUGAGGAGGACAUGGAGGAUGACACCAGCUGGAGAUCAGAGGCAACUUUCCGAUAUGUGGUGGAACGCUUCAGCCGGCUUAGUGAGUCAGUGCUCAGCCCGUCCUGCUUUGUCCGCAACCUUCCGUGGAAGAUAAUGGUGAUGCCACGCUUCUACCCUGAUCGGCCGCACCAGAAGAGUGUGGGCUUCUUCCUACAGUGCAAUGCAGAGUCCGACUCCACGUCAUGGUCAUGUCAUGCACAGGCCAUGUUGAAGAUCAUCAACUACAAAGAUGAUGAGAAGUCAUUCAGUCGGAGAAUCAGUCACCUGUUCUUCCACAAAGAGAAUGAUUGGGGUUUUUCCAACUUCAUGUCCUGGAGUGAUGUAACGGAUCCAGAGAGGGGUUUUAUCGAUGAUGACAAAGUUACUUUUGAAGUCUACGUCCAGGCAGAUGCCCCACAUGGAGUGGCCUGGGACUCCAAGAAACACACAGGCUAUGUUGGGCUGAAGAACCAGGGUGCCACCUGCUACAUGAACAGCCUGUUACAGACACUCUUCUUCACAAACCAGCUACGGCGGGCAGUGUACAUGAUGCCCACAGAAGGAGAUGACUCAUCUAAGAGUGUUCCACUGGCGCUCCAGAGGGUUUUCUAUGAACUACAACACAGUGACAAACCUGUUGGCACCAAGAAGCUCACAAAGUCAUUUGGGUGGGAAACGCUAGAUAGCUUCAUGCAACAUGAUGUACAGGAGCUGUGCAGAGUGCUCUUGGACAACGUAGAGAACAAAAUGAAAGAUUGUGUAGAGGGAACCAUUCCUAAGCUCUUCAGAGGAAAAAUGGUGUCCUAUAUCCAGUGUAAACAUGUGGACUACCGGUCAGAGCGGAUAGAGGACUACUAUGACAUCCAGCUUAGCAUUAAAGGAAAGAAGAACAUUUUCGAGUCAUUUAAAGAUUAUGUUGCUACAGAACAGUUAGACGGAGACAACAAAUAUGAUGCAGGAGAGCAUGGCUUGCAGGAAGCAGAAAAGGGGGUGAAGUUUCUUACCUUCCCCCCAAUCCUUCAUCUGCAGCUGAUGAGGUUCAUGUAUGACCCACAGACGGACCAGAACAUUAAGAUUAAUGACCGGUUUGAGUUUCCAGAUCAGUUACCACUAGAUGAGUUCCUCCAGAAGCCGGAUUCCAAGGACCCGGCCAACUACAUCCUUCAUGCAGUACUGGUUCACAGCGGCGACAACCAUGGUGGUCAUUAUGUCGUCUAUCUUAACCCUAAAGGAGACGGCAAAUGGUGUAAGUUUGAUGAUGACGUGGUGUCAAGGUGCACAAAGGAAGAGGCCAUUGAGCACAACUAUGGGGGUCACGAUGAUGAUCUCUCAGUGCGCCACUGCACCAAUGCCUACAUGUUGGUCUACAUCCGUGAGUCCAGGCUCAGUGAAGUCCUCCAGCCGAUGACUGACAGUGACAUCCCCCAGCAGUUAGUGGAGCAGGCUGCAGGAAGAGAAGAGGGUUUAGAAGCUCAGAAGCGAAAGGAAAGGCAGAGGGGCCACCUCUACAUGCAGGUUCAGAUGGUCACGGAGGACCAGUUCUGUGGUCAUCAAGGCAAUGACAUGUAUGAUGAGGAGAAGGUGAAGUACACUGUCUUCAAAGUCCUGAAGAGCUCCACAUUGCAAGAGUUUGUCCAGAACCUCUCGCAGACCAUGGGUUUCCCACAGGACCAAAUGCGGUUGUGGCCCAUGCAGGCGCGGAGCAAUGGAACCAAGCGGCCUGCUAUGCUUGACUACGAGGCCGACUGCAACAAGUCGAUGAUUGACUUGAGUGACAACGAGAAUCCCUGGACAAUAUUUCUUGAGACAGUGGAUCCAGAGAUGGCAGCCACUGGGGCAACGUUACCCAAGUUUGAUAAAGACCAUGACGUCAUGUUGUUUUUGAAGAUGUACGACCCAAAAACCAGAAGUUUAAAUUAUUGUGGACAUAUCUACACACCUAUAUCCUGCAAAAUAAGAGACUUGCUGCUAGUCAUGUGUGAGAGAGCAGGGUUUCAGCAGGAAACUAGCCUUAUCCUCUAUGAGGAAGUAAAGCCCAAUCUAACAGAGCGGAUACAGGACUACGAUGUCUCUCUGGACAAGGCCCUGGAUGAGCUCAUGGACGGAGACAUCAUUGUCUUCCAGAAGGAUGACCCAGAGAAUGACAGCAGUGAGCUGCCGACAGCUAAAGAUUAUUUUCGGGAUCUCUAUCACCGGGUAGAUGUCAUCUUCUGCGACAAGACCAUCCAUAAUGACCCUGGCUUUGUGGUCACACUUUCGAACCGCAUGAACUACUUUCAGGUUGCAAAGACAGUCGCACAGAGGUUGAACACCGAUCCUAUGCUGCUACAGUUCUUCAAGUCACAGGGGUACAGGGACGGUCCAGGGAAUCCCCUCAGACACAACUAUGAGGGAACGCUGCGAGAUCUACUGCAAUUCUUCAAGCCUCGGCAGCCCAAGAAACUGUACUACCAGCAGUUAAAGAUGAAGAUUACAGACUUUGAGAACAGGAGGAGUUUUAAGUGCAUAUGGCUUAACAGCCAGUUUAGAGAGGAGGAGAUCACCCUCUACCCUGACAAACAUGGCUGCGUGCGAGACCUUUUGGAUGAAUGUAAAAAAGCAGUGGAGCUCUCAGAAAAAGGCUCAGAGAAGCUCAGGCUGUUAGAGAUAGUAAGCUAUAAAAUCAUUGGGGUUCACCAGGAGGACGAGCUGCUAGAAUGUUUAUCUCCUGCUGCCAGUCGCACCUUCAGAAUAGAGGAAAUUCCUUUGGACCAGGUGGACUUGGAUAAAGACAGUGAAAUGCUGAUCCCUGUUGCACACUUCCAUAAAGAGGUCUUUGGCACCUUUGGGAUCCCCUUCUUGCUAAAGAUCAGACAGAACGAGUCAUUUCGGGAGGUGAUGAGGCGGAUUCAGGCCACACUGGACAUUCAGGAGAAAGAAUUUGAGAAGUUCAAGUUUGCAAUUGUGAUGAUGGGGCGACAUCAGUACAUCACUGAAGAUGAGUAUGAGGUCAACUUGAAGGACUUCGAACCACAGCCAGGUAACAUGUCCCACCCGCGCCCGUGGUUAGGGUUGGACCACUUCAACAAAGCUCCAAAGAGAGGCCGCUACACUUACCUGGAGAAAGCAAUCAAGAUCCACAACUAAAGCAGUGUGCCCUCCUCCUUUGUCCUCUUC